AUGUGGCAAGAUAAUUCGAAAUCUCGCUUGCUUGAUCGCCGCAGAGUCUCGCGCCUAGAAACGGAACCUGAGCACCUAAGGAAGGUACAGAACCGCCUAAAGGAGCUACGGAACCGGCAGCAGCUCCCUCGUGGCCAAGAUCCAAACGGAAGGAGCGAAUCAACUCGGUAUGCAACGUUCGUGUCCCUGCAACGGGCAUCGAACGCUGUGGCUGCCCCAGACCACUUGACAGGCCGACGAGGCAGUAAGGACGAGGAGGAAGAACCAGUUUCUCCCACCCCAAUAGCCCUCCCUAGCACUGCCCCCGAAGCAAAAGAAAGUAAGACCCAAACAACCUAUGGGGCUGGCCACCCGGAUUGGCAGAAUCACGAGGAGUCCAUGUCAUGGGCCUCGUCUCACAACCAAGCCGGGACAAACUCGAGCCGAACAAUUCCCGAGGUGUCUAGCUCCACGCACUCUGCGCGGCAGAAUGUAGACGCCUUGACUGGAGCUCAGUACCCAGCUCAUGACUCAUACCAGGAUCAAGUCUCAAUCUCAUACAACGAUCAGCUCGUGCUUCUUGAGCAAAGGAACAAAGCCCGCCGUGCUGCGCAGCGAGUGCAAGCACAGAAAUCCCUUGCAGAACUGCAACAGUUCCUUGAUCAGCAGCAACACCAGCGACAAAUUUUCCAAGCCCAACAGCAAUCCCCUUAUUUCGAAAGCAUACAGCGGCAACUGCGCUUCCACAAUCAACAGCAAGCGCAGGCAAACCAAGCCCAGCAGAAUUCCAAAGCUAAUAAUACCGACACAUACCCUCUGAGUCCUAUUCUCUACCAAUCUCAGGCUGCGGAUACCGAAAUAGCGGAAACCUCAACGCUACCAAGCCCAUCCGACAUCAUUAAUUCUUGGAUUGAAUCUCCCAAAGGGCCGGACGUACACACGGGGCUAUUUGACUCGAAUCUUGCGACACAAAAAUCGAAGGGUGACUCUUUGCUACGACCCAAAAGGUCGAUAUCAAGAGGGACCUCCUCUGUCACGCCGCAACUAAACCCAAGAAGGCUCCAAACUUUCAAGGGAAUAGAUCACCAAAUCGGGGCUCCAAAUGAGCCCUUACAAGGAGACCUAGAUCCCAGUCUGAUAGGAAGAGCGCUGGAGCUAAGCCCCACCAUUUCCAACAUCAACCAGGACGAGCUCCUCCGACCAGAUCUUGAAUCCACCACCGCCAACGAGGCGGUCGUGUCCUAUAAGGAAGAGCUGUGCAUCAUCAAAUGUAUCUGCAAGUAUGAUGAGAGUCAUUGGCCAAUAAUGUUCUGCGAGGGGUGCAAGACAUCGCAGCACAUCGUCUGCUAUUAUCGGGACGAGUCGGUGCCUGAUGUGCAUAAUUGCGUCGACUGCAAGCCUCGCACAUUGGUUACUUGGGACUUUGCUAAGCCGAUGGACCUUCCACGGAUCCCUACAUGGGAAGAAGUGAUGGAUUUUUCUACCCUCGAACAAAGGCAGGCUCUGUACGGCGACGAGAAUGAAUUUGGAGAUCAACGCAGCGAAUCCAAGGCCCCUGCGAUUCAUUCGCAGCCAGGCAUGAACUCGCCUGACUCGAACUCGAUGAUACUAAAGAAUUUCAUGGCUGAUCGGUUGCAAGCCGCCAACCAGGGCCACUUGUCUAUACAAUCUACACCUACUGCCAUGCCCGUCAACAACGAAGGCCAUUUCUUCUCCCACCCAAAAACCACCUUUAUCGACGAGGAAGUGCAGAAGCAAGGUCCAUUCAACAAAUGGCAAGCAGACUAUUCUGGAUUGAUUCGCACGUUCAUUAUUUACAAUGCGGCAUUCACUAUCCAUGGAUUGGAUUCGCGGGUUCCAUUGCGGCAAGCCGCCGAGGCUUGUCUGGAAUUCGACACAAAACUGUUUCUCAAAUCCAUUACAAAAGAUGAGUAUGAGAAUAGGUGGGUAAAGGUAGAGAAAAAACUUGUUGUCCGAAAGAUAGACGCAGAUAGAGGAGUGGGAAUCGAAGGCAUCAUAGACAUGUUGCUGGUGGGCGAUUGA